UGCGGGAUGAGUCAGGCUAUAUGAUGCUGCUGCCAUUUCAUCAGCAGCGAAAGCCUCCAAACCCCGAGCAAACACAGAAACGAUACCGCGGGAUUUCCCUCUCACAGCCUCGUAGACAUCCUCUCAGCUCGGAGGCUCGAAACAGAGUACAGAGGCCUGCUCGCAGUUUAUUCGCGGCUCCGAGCGAAAGCGCAAGAUCCCUUUUUUCUGGUCGCACCUGCACUUGGAUGCGUUUUUCUCCUUUCAGCACUCAAUCGGGCCUGACAUUAAGGAGGAAGUCAGCCCUGAGUCCUCAGGGGCCUGCCGCUCACCAGCCUCUGUGAUCCAGCUUCCACACAAACAUCGAGGUUUCGCCGCUUUUGGGUUGUUUUUGCGGCUCCCUGAGCAUCGAUCCCCCGGACUAGCCUGUAUCAUGGAGCCCUCAGCAGCCUGAACAGCGUGACAAGAGCGACCAUUCUGUCCCGAAGCACUCCACUGCUGCUCCAACUCGUACCACAGCAAGUAGACCAACACUUACAAGCGCACCGGGGAGAGCUGCAGACCAAGCUAAGUCAUGGAGGCAAUAUGGCUCUAUCAGUUCCGGCUGAUCGUCAUCGGGGACUCCACGGUGGGAAAAUCAUGUCUGAUCCGGCGGUUCACGGAGGGUCGCUUCGCCCAAGUGUCCGACCCGACCGUCGGGGUGGACUUCUUCUCCCGCCUGGUGGAGAUCGAGCCGGGCAAGAGGAUCAAGCUGCAGAUCUGGGACACCGCUGGUCAGGAGCGCUUCAGGUCUAUUACCAGGGCUUACUACCGUAACUCUGUGGGUGGGCUUCUCCUCUUUGACAUCACCAAUCGCCGAUCUUUCCAGAAUGUCCAUGACUGGCUGGAGGAGGCUCGUAGUCAUGUCCAGCCACAUAGCAUCGUAUUUCUAUUGGUGGGCCACAAGUGUGAUCUGGAGGCACAGCGGCAGGUGACCCGCCAAGAAGCAGAGAAACUGGCUGGGGCGUAUGGGAUGCGCUAUGUUGAGACGUCAGCCCGUGACGCCAUCAAUGUGGAACACGCCUUCACUGAGCUGACCAGAGACAUCUUCGCCCUGGUUCGGUCUGGUGACAUCACCAUCCAGGAGGGCUGGGAGGGUGUGAAGAGUGGGUUUGUGCCCAAUGUGGUUCACUCAUCCGAGGAAGUGACCAAGAGUGACCGGCGCUGUCUCUGUUGAUCUGGGAAGACUGAAGAUAGGGGAGUGAAGUGGAUCAGAGAGGGGUAGCUGACGGACUGAGGUGUCAGCCCUCUGACUGAAAACUGGUGGUAACCCUCGUUGUUCUUUCUUAGAAAAGACACAGAAAGGGAUGUUUGGCAUAUUUUAACAAAAAGGCUGGUAGAUCAUGGAGAAGAACACCUUGAAUGUGGGUGUAAGACUAAAAAUGGUUGCGCCCAUUAAAGAUGCUCAUUUGAGGGCUCCCUUUU